AUGUCGAAACGACACAAUUCAAAAGACGAUGCGAGACAUCGUGGCAGAGAUGAGGCAUCUCGUGGUCGUGACCGUGGUGCCGGAAGAACUUCUCGUGGAACUUCGCGAAGAGAACCUUCACAGAGCUCAUCUUCCACAACACAAGCUCGUAGUGGUGACGGAAGGUCUCAGCGUAGGUCAACGCGAAGAGAAGCCUCAGGGUCGGUCUCGCGAUUUCAGUCAUUCGGGCCUGCAGCCGGAAUGGCGAGCAUGAGCAUGUUGUGUUCAGAAUUUACGCCCCCAGUUGCACCAAUAUUAGAUUCUGAACUAGCUAUGAGAGACAGAGAAUAUUGUGGAAUCUGUGGUGAAUACAGGGAAGCACCGUCUCUUGAGGAGUGGUGGAAAAGGAUACAUUUUGAAGAUAGCCCGGAUUGUCUCACAGCUUAUCGGGAAGGAAAAUGUCCGGUGGAGAGGUCCGAUGAUCAAAUCAAAGCCGAAGAUGCCGAGGGCGAAGCUUUUCGUGAGAAAAUUAACUGGGUCGGCCCGGAAAAUACAGAAAACCCAGCCCAACCUCAUGCUCCUCAAACGACUGAUACCAGUGCCUGGAGCCAGGGAGCAUCCCAGCCUUCAGCCCAGCCGCAGAUCGCCAACCCCACUUAUUCCGAUCCCCAAAGGAAUAAUCUCUCCACCGUCUAUAGUCCAUCUGCUGGCUACGCUGCCCCUACAGUCCAGACUGGUAAUACUGGCUACGUGCCUUCAAGCUAUGCUUCCCAGCCUGCGCCUCACUACUCCGGCAAUACCUGCUACAUCCCUCCUGGCUCUAUGCUCCCUCCUCCACUCCCCUCUCACCGCAGCAAUACCGCCUAUACUAGCUAUACCGCUCCUACUAGACGGAUCCCUACUGGCUUGAGCCCUCCUGGCUGUACUCCAGCUACCGGCUAUCCUCUGCCUCCCGUUCACUACACCUCUUCUGAUAUUCCCUACGACACCCACCAACUAGCUCCAUACCAUCCUUCAAUUAAUGACCCAUAUCCAAGCGAGCAAUACGCCUCGACAACUAGCAGCGCACGGCAAGUUAUUGGCCAGCAUGGUAGCAGUCAUCACGGUAGCAGUGGUCAUAGCCAUAGUCAUGGAAGUAGUGGUCAUGGUAACCAUACCAAAGAAUAA